AUGGCGCUUCUUCAACGCUUGGUAGCGCCCUCAUCUAGAGGUGUACUGCGACAAUCUCCAGUUAUCACCUUGAUGAUCACAAGAAAAGCAUCCAAUGUUGCUCCCCCAAAGCUCAAGGAUCCAUCUCUUUUAAAGCAGGAUGUCUGCUACGUCAACGGCGAAUGGGUCAAAGCCCAGUCCGGCAAGACCUUCAAAGUCAAUGACCCGUCUACUGGUAAUCUUAUUGGAACUUGCCCCGAGUUCAGCUCCAAAGAUGCUCAAUUGGCCAUUCGCGCUGCUGCUGAUGCUUUUUCUUCGUUCCGUGCUAAGACAGGCCGUGAGCGCUCCAAGCUGUUGCGCGCUUGGUAUGACCAGAUGACAGCCAACGCCGAAGACAUCGCAAAGAUUAUCACCUGGGAGAAUGGAAAGCCUAUGGCCGAUGCCAAGGGCGAAACAACUUAUGCUGCUAAUUUCCUGGAGUGGUUCAGUGAAGAGGCGCCGCGAGUAUAUGGCAAUACAAUUUCCAGCUCAGUGCCUGGAAACCGUGUGUGGACUAUCAAGGAACCCGUCGGAGUUUGCGGCUUGAUCACACCAUGGAAUUUCCCCGCUGCCAUGAUUACUCGAAAGAUUGGGCCUGCUCUGGCAGCAGGUUGCACAGUCGUCGCAAAGUCCCCUGCCGAGACACCAUUUACUUCACUCGCCCUGGCCGAGCUAGCUCACCGCGCAGGUAUCCCCAAGGGUGUUGUAAAUAUCGUUACCUCAAAUGAGAAUACCCCCGAGCUUGGCGAGCUUCUCACUACAGACCCUACCAUCCGAAAGGUCUCUUUCACCGGCUCCACCGGAGUUGGCAAGCUUCUCAUGAAGCAAUCAUCUGGUACCCUCAAGAAGCUCUCGAUGGAACUCGGCGGAAAUGCCCCUUUCAUUGUGUUUGAUGAUGCCGAUGUUGAUGCUGCCGUUACCGGAGCCAUCGCCUCCAAGUUCCGAUCUUCUGGCCAGACCUGUGUUUGUGCCAACCGCAUCUAUGUCCAGCGCGGCAUCUACGAUGAGUUCGUGUCCAAGUUCACCGAGAAGGUCAAGGCUUUUAGUGUCGGAAACGGUUUUGAUCAAGGGGUUACCCAUGGACCCUUGAUCCACGAUCGAGCAAUUGAGAAGGUCGAAGCUCACGUCAGGGACGCCGAGAAGAAGGGCGGAAAGAUCACCAUCGGAGGUAAGCGACUCAGCGAGCUUGGAUCUAACUUUUACGCGCCCACCGUCAUCCGCGAUAUGACCCCCGAGAUGGAUAUGGCCUCCCAGGAGACCUUUGGACCAGUCGCUGGCCUUUUCCCCUUCGAGACAGAGGAGGAGGUAGUCAAGAUGGCCAACAACACCGAGGUCGGACUAGCAGGUUACUUCUUCUCUCGAGAUAUCGAGCGCGUUUACCGCAUCGCCGAGUCCCUCGAGGUGGGUAUGGUCGGAGUCAACACUGGCAUCAUUUCUGAUGCUGCUGCGCCGUUUGGUGGUGUUAAGGAGAGUGGCUUUGGCCGGGAGGGAUCGUUGUAUGGAAUUGGAGAGUACCAGAUUACCAAGAUGAUUACGUCUGGAGGCAUGGGCAAGCCGCUUCAGUCGUAG